GUAUAUCACAAGGUACCUUGAAGAUCAUACGAUGAGACGAAGAUGAAGCGGUGUGUUCUCUUCAGGGUACUCUGACUGGGUCGCGAGGUGCAAGUAGCGGUUGCCUUGGGAAAGUCCUCAGAGCCACUUCACGCUGAGGUAGAGGGCUUAGGAACCCGCGGUAGCCAUGUACGUCGCCGGCUCCAGAGCUGUCCAGCGUCUGCGGCGAGAGUACACCAAGCUCAAUGAAGACCCCAUCCCUUACGUCACAGCCCGGCCAAUUCCAGCAGAUAUCCUCGAGUGGCACUUCGUAGUCCGAGGGCCCGAAAAGACUCCCCUCGAAGGCGGUGUCUAUCACGGCAAGCUACGCUUCCCUCAAGACUUUCCCUUCUCGCCACCGUCCAUCUACAUCAUGACCCCGAACGGCCGCUUCGAAUGCAACAAGCGUCUGUGUCUGAGCAUCUCCGACUUUCAUCCCGAGACCUGGAACCCUUCCUGGUCCAUGGCGUCCAUACUGACGGGACUGCUGAGUUUUAUGCUGGACAGCGCACCCACUUCUGGCAGCCUAGACACGACGGACGAGCAGAAACAGAAGCUGGCGAAGGAGAGCCUCAGGUUUAACCUGGAAGACAAGGUCUUCUGCGAGUUGUUUCCGGAAAUCGUCUGUGAAGUUCGUGAGAAGUUAUUUUCGGACAAGGGUAACGGCGACAAAGAGAGGAAGCCGUGACGUGUUCCCUAUGUGGUCGUGACGAUUAGUGUGUAACAAAAUUGCGUAUUGGUUGUUCCAUUCCCGCACCGUGCUGAUGCAAGCCGAGGGUGAUGUGUUGGCAGAACCGAAUAAAUGCUGUAUAUGUCGUACAUUUGCAACUGAA